AGAAGCGAGAGAGGAUGCCCCGCAACCAGUGUUCAAAGUGUUGACUUCUAUGACUUCAGCUCGUUCCACGUAUAGUCCAGUGAACACGUCUCGUUUAGUUGUCAACCUGUCUCCUGACUUUAUUUUUCUAAUAAUGGAUUUCAAAAUGUUUUUUUCGACUCAUUCAUUUGGCCCAGUCGCAGGAUAACAUAGGAUACGAUGGGAAUACGUGCGCUCUGAGCGAUCUACGCGCGGAUAUACAAGCCUUCAUGGAAAACAUGUCCCCACAACUGGCAACUUUGGGACCGAACCGGUCCGGGUCUUUGACAGGGGAGAGCAAGGUGUGCGCAGUCCCCGAAAGCAAAAAGAAGAUGAAGACCUUGGCCCAGCGCAGGCAGUCUGCUCCUUCAUUGGUCAUCAGCAAAGCACUUACCAAAUCCAGAAGCACAUCCAGGGAGAACUUCGUGCCCCUGGUCAGCCCGGAGGCGUGUCCUCUGGUGCAGUCCUUCCUGGUUCCGUCCAGGGCCUUCCUAGGCCACGCCCACGUGCAGCUGAAGACAGGCCUACAGACCCAGGAGAGAGAUCUGCUCCUCUUCACCGACACACUGCUCAUCGCCAAGGCCAAGUCAUCCACACACUUCAAGCUGAAGGUGCAGGUGCGUGUGUGUGAGAUGUGGACAGCGGGCUGUUUGGAUGAGGUGUGUGAGGGCAGGACCAGCCCAGAGAGGAGCUUUGUCAUGGGGUGGCCCACCUUCAACUGUGUGGCUACAUUCAGCUCUGUGGAACACAAGGACAACUGGCUGUCUCUCAUUAGCAGCCGCAUAAACCAGGAGAAAGAAAGGGACGAGCCCAAGACCGUCCCCAUCAAGAUAUUUGCAAAGGACGUUGGGAACUGUGCUUAUGCCAAGACUUUAGCAGUGAGUAAUUCAGACACCACAGCUGGGGUGAUCAGUAUGGCCUUGCAACUCUUUGGUAUUUCGGGCUGUGUGAAAGACCACCAGUUAUGGGUGAGCUCCAAUAAGGAGGACCCCCCCUACCCUCUCAUUGGCCACGAGUUCCCUUUCAGCAUCAAGAUGAGUCACAUCAGGGACGGAGGUAGGAAGGACGCAGGGACUCCUCCAGAGAUCCAGGGGGCGCUGCUGCUGGACCAGUGCCUCCCUCCAGACACCCAGUGCCAGUUCAUCUUGAGGCCAAGCGGAGUGACCCAGGGCCAGGCUGCUUUUACAGAUGGCCAGAAGACCUUCAAGAGGAAGAGGUCCAUUAUCAACUGGGCCUUCUGGAGGGGGUCCAGCCCCCAACUGGCCGGACCGCCCCUCUCCCCCACCUUCCCCCUCACCCCGGGACGUCUGUUCGGACGGAGCCUCUCCUCCGUCUGCACCCCGGAGCUCACCCUGCCCAAGCCCGUCAUGGCCAUGCUAGUGGUCCUGUACCAGGAGGGCCCCUACACCAGGGGCAUCUUCCGCCGCUCUGCUGGGGUCAAGGCGUGCAGGGAGCUCCGUGAUAGGCUGGACUCUGGGGACAAGGACACGCCCCUCACCCACCAGUCUGUGUUUGUCACCGCUGCCGUCUUCAAGGACUACCUGAGGAACAUUCCCGGCAGCUUGCUGUGUGUGGAGCUGUAUGAGGAGUGGGUCAGAGCCAUGGAGAGAGAGGAGGACGAGGAGAGGACAGAGGACAUCGACAGGUUGGUCCAGCUCCUCCCCAGUCAGAAUCUGCUGCUCCUCCGUCACCUGGUGGCUGUGCUCCACUGCAUCCAGGACAACGCAGACGAAAACCAGAUGAACGCCUUCAACCUGUCUGUGUGCAUCGCUCCCAGCAUGCUCUGGGCCCCGGCCCCCACCAGCCCCCAGGUGGAGGGGGAGGGCACCAAGAAGGUCUGUGAGCUGGUCCGCUUCCUCAUCCAGAACUGCAGGCAGGUGCUGGGCGAUGAUGUCACUUCCUUGUUCGGAAGCUUCCCCCAGAAGAGCAGCAGCAGUGACCAGGGUUCAGAUGCCUCCUCCUUCCAGAUGAACGACUCGUCCUACGACAGUCUGGAGAACGAGCUCAAUGAGGACCCCGAGUCGCCCUACCAGGCCCCGCCCCUCCGGGACAAGACCACGCCCGGCCGUCGCAGCCGAGACUCCGUCAUCACCCUGAGCGACUGUGACCCCGACCCUGACCCUGACCCCGACCUCCUACAGCUCCCCCCGCUGGCCAGACCCAGGAAGUUCACCCCGGCUGUCCGGCAGCCCCGCCCCCGCCAGGCCAGCAGCCAAUCACAAGGCCCGCGGCGUCUGAGACGGAGCUCAGAGCCUGCCCUAAGCCAUGCCCCCUGUGGGCUGUCUGUCCACGUAGAGAAGCAUGGACUAGUGUCUCGUAAAGCCAGCUACGAUGGGGCCAUGGAAGGGGAGGAGGAGGAGGAGGUGUUCCUGGAGCAGGGCCUGAGAGGGCUGCAGUUGAAGGAAGGAGGAGGUGGAGGAGAAGAAGAAGGAGUAAAAGGAGGAGUUACAGGACUCAAUGGGCGGAGGAAGCAGAAGCAUGCCCCGCCCCCCCCUCUGAGAUUGGACGCCAGCUGUUCCAGCUUGUCGUCCCCGGCAACCUCCCCCACAGGCUCCUCCCUCAGCUCUUUAGACUCUGCCUUCUCACAGUAUUCCACCGACAACAUGGCUAAUGGUGUUUUGCCAGUUUUCGAGCCCCCCCCACUCCCCCGCGGCCCCCCCCUGUCCCCCAAGGGAUCCUCCCCCCAGAGGGAAGCUCCCCCAGACUGGCCCUUGCCCGGCCAGCCCCCCCGGUCCUCCCACACUCACGGACUACACCCCAACACCCUGCUCAAGGGAGACCGCCGCCUGUCUCUACGGCAACCUGGCAACGGGCAGCUGGAGGAGGUGGAGGAGGGGCCAGGGGGCGGGGGGAGGGGGAAGCCCCCCUGCAGUCCCCCCUCCUACCAGCAGGCGGUGCUGCAGCUGCAACACAACCGCUCGCCCGUCUACCGGGGCACUGAGAAGCCGCUGACCGUGCGAGACCUGCGGAGGCUCCACGGUCAGUUCUGCGCUCACAGGCCUCCCACGGGAAGUGACACGUCCCAGGGGCCCUCAUCGACAGGAAGUGACCUCAUUCAGCCCCCGCUGGGUAUGUUCAACGGCCAGGGCAGCUCCAACUUGGUCCUCCAGAGGAACAAGUCCCACUCCCUCACGCCCGUUCUGGAGGGCGGCGCAUGCAAGACGCUCACACUGCCUCGCCGGGCCUCUGACCCCGUGGGCACCACCUCUGACCUGCCCCCCCCCUCCAGCCACACCCUGGACAGGCCCCGGGGCACCCGGAGGGUCAAAGGUCAGCUCCAGGAGAGUGGACUCAGAGUGUCCGACGUGGAGCCGCAGCACGUUGCCGCCACGCCGCGUUUUUGCCUGUCUCCCUCCGCCACGCGGGCUGUUAGGGACUACUUUUCCUCCCAGGCGGAGGAAGACGGGUGCAAUCGUCAGAGUCAAGAGGUGGCACUGGCCAUCGUCCAGGGGAAGAGGGAGUGGCAGAGCCGGAGGUGCAGCGACCCUCGCGUCGACGACUUUGACCAAAUAUUCUUUGCCGAAGAGUCUUAUGUGUAACCGGACAUUGUAUGACAGUACUUUUGGUUUUGGAGCAGUAAAUAUAGUCCUUUUGAAUCCUGGUGUUGAAUGUUUUCAUGUGCGUGCAAAUUUGUGUGUUUGUGUGUGUGUGUGAGAGAGAGAGAGAGAGAGAGAGAGAGAGAGAGA